AAAACUAUUGAAACAAAAGCAGAUUCUAAGAAUCUAUUUAUAGAUUUGCGGAUUUCCCGGAAGGAUCGUCCAACAGAAUGCCAGAAUUCCACAGUAAAAACAAUAAAGAAGAUUAAAACGUCCUCCUUGAAUAACAUUGAAGCAAGGAUGGCAAGUUCAGGGUACCCUUCAAGCUUCACAAGUAUAACUACAGAACAAGUGCGGGAUCUCAGAAUCAAGAAAUUAGGAGGUGGAAAUGGUGAUAUAACUGGCAAUAGUGAGCAUGCUGCAGUACAACCAUCUGGUAAACAAGAGACUGGUGAAGAUCAACUCCACACACCCAUGGACACUUCAACCAACAGAUCUACAGGUUAUAUUGAAGUUGACGGUGAACCCCCGAUGACAAAUGUAGCAGGGGCCUGUGCCCGUACCCAUCAGAUGGCCAUUACUGGGACAACCUUGGGAAGGGACCCUGAAACCUACCUUUGCGAUUCUGUGGGUUGGCAGUUUUACCUUGACUACUUGGCCUCCAAACUUUCUGCAGAAAUUUCCGAGAUAUCUGUUUACUUGGAUCUAGAGUCUGGAAAAUUGGAUGAAAUUAAAAACAGGUGCAAGUCAAACCGUCAUGAAAUGUGCUUCAAUGUUCUAUGGACGUGGUAUGGAAGGAAUCCAGACAAGAAGAAACGCCUUAAGCAAAUGAACACUGCCUUAAAGGAGUCAGGUCGCGCAGACCUGGCCCAGCAACUGAUGGAAGGAAAUGUUCCAGUUCCAGAAAACUAUAGGUACCAGGGUGAGAUUAAAAACCCUGAUGCGGGAGUUAGCGGUAGCGAUGCCCUCAAAGUCGGAAAACAUUUGACCCUGACUUUCCAGAGUCUGGCACGUUAUUUUGGACUAGAUGAAAACAAUAUUCAGAGUAUCUGCAUUGACAAUAAUGAUGACAUACAGGAACAGUCAUACAACACCAUAAAGUUGUGUAUCAACCAACUGAAGCUCAAAAACCGACGGCAGCUGUGUAAUGGCCUCGCUUACCUAGAACAAUUCACAACUGUAUCAGAACUUAACCAGAUGUGGUGACCUCGUUCCUAUAUGUGCCUUAAUAAAUCAUUAAACAUAAUCAUUGAAUGAGACGCUAAAAAAUUAUAUAUUUUUGAAGUGAAGUCACUGGCGAAUGACCUGGCUCGAGAUCAGUAUUUUCAAAUCGUUUACCUGUAUUUCGAGGUUUAACCCUUAAAUGAUGACACUCAAAACACUGUGCAUGACACAUCGGAUUCAGGUGCACAGCAAAAUUUAACCCCCGCGAAUAUCUACUGAAUAUGAAACCGCGAAAUAUUGACCGCACAAAUUUAAAGCGCUUUACAGUAAUCGGAAGUGAGAACUCAGUGAAAACUUUAUGCAUUUACUUCAAAUAACUGCUUUUUAGCCCACCAUCAUCUGAUGGUGGUCUAUUCGAAUCGUCCUGCGUCCGUGGUCCGCCCGUUCGUCUUUCGUCCUUCGUCCAUCCUUAAACAAUUCUUGUUAUCGAUAUUUCUGGGGUUCUGGAGAGAUCUUUUCUCAAAUUUCAUAUGUAGGUUCCCCUUGGUCGGUAGUUGUGCAUAUUUACUUUUGAGACUGAUCAGAUAAA